AUGUGCGGCGCUUGCAACCAUGGCUGGAAACCAUUUGGCACGCUGAUGAAAAUGAUCUCGAACACUGGGGCGGUACGCGACGAAGAGCGAACGGAAGAGAAAGAAAAAGCACGAAGAGAAGAAGAAGAAGAAGAAGAGAAAGAAGAAGAGAAAAAAUACGAGGAAGAGGAAGAAGAGGAGGAGGAGGAGAAGGAGAAGGACGACGACGUGGACGACGACGACGACAACGACGUGGGGGAGAUACUGAAGAGGAAGCCUACGACAAAGACGACAAAUGUGCGCAAACGCACGCUGCCGAAAAGGAGCGAAGAGAGACGAGAAGGGAGGAAGAAAAACGAGGAAGAAGAAGAGGAGGAAGAGAAAAAUAACGAGGAGGAGGAAAAAAACGAGGAGGAGAAGGACGACGUGCUGAAGAAGAGGAAGCCUGCGACAAAGAUCGCCAAUCAGCGUCGAAAGAUCCGGCGAUCUCCGGUCAGAACGACGUGUUGCUUCGUUAACGCUGACGGGUAUUCGUGUCACAAAGGAAAAGCCGAUGUUCAAGCUCGCCUCCGCGUUCCGGAAUCCGAGAAAAACAAAUUUUCCGAGAACGCCAAGUGUUGCGACACGUGUUAUAGACACUUCAAUGGACGCACGUGUUGCUUCGUUAACGCUGACGGGUAUUCGUGUCACAAAGGAAAAGCCGAUGUUCGAGCUACGUAUCGCGUUCCGGAAUCCGAGAAAAACAAAUUUUCCGAGAACGACAGGUGUUGCAAAUCGUGUUAUAGACACUUCAAAUAUUCGAACGUCACGUGUUGCUUCGUUAACGCUGACGGGUAUUCGUGUCACAAAGGAAAAGCCGAUGUUCGAGCUACGUAUCGCGUUCCGGAAUCCGAGAAAAACAAAUUUUCCGAGAACGCCAAGUGUUGCAACACGUGUUAUAGACACUUCAAAUAUUCGAACGUCACGUGUUGCUUCGUUAACGCUGACGGGUAUUCGUGUCACAAAGGAAAAGCCGAUGUUCGAGCUACGUAUCGCGUUCCGGAAUCCGAGAAAAACAAAUUUUCCGAGAACGACAGGUGUUGCAAAUCGUGUUAUAACCGCCUUCAAGAUGCACACUUUUUUCGCCUCAAACGCGUUUGCGUUAAUUGCCGUCUGCUUGCAUACGAUCCUGCCAAUACUCCCGGAGCGUGGAAACUCUGGCAGGUCGGAAACGAUCGCUUUCUUCUUUGCUCCAAGUGCUGCGACAACAGCCGAGCCCAGCUCAAAAGGCGGCAAAAUGGAGUUCCGGAACGUCGCAAAGGGAGAGAGGCGAAAGGCGAUUGGUAA